UUCUCUCAUCUCGUGUCUUUUUUGAGUUCCGUACACUCAGCUUCAAAAUUACUCUUUUAUUUUUCAUGUAAUAAAAAAUAAAUAAAUAAAAAAGAAAAAGAAAAUCCGUUUCUGGGAAUAACCGACCGAUCCGUUUCCAAAAAUAAGACACUCUUCUCUUUUUCAUUUUUUUUCUUUUUAUUUACGCACAUAAAAAAAUAUUAUAAAUUAUAAUACAAUCUUUAUUUUGGGGAAAAAGAAAAAAAAAAGUAUGGCUUCUUCUAGUCCUCGCACUGUGGAAGAGAUCUUCAAAGACUAUAGCGCUCGACGCUCCGGUCUUGUUCGUGCUCUCACUUACGAUGUAGAUGAUUUCUACUCGCAAUGCGAUCCAGAUAAGGAGAAUUUGUGUCUGUAUGGACACCCAAAUGAGGCUUGGGAGGUAGCUUUACCAGCAGAGGAAGUUCCACCUGAGCUCCCUGAGCCAGCCUUGGGUAUCAAUUUUGCUAGAGAUGGGAUGAACCGGAAAGACUGGCUUUCACUGGUUGCUGUGCAUAGUGAUUGUUGGUUGCUUUCCGUGUCUUUCUACUUUGGAGCUCGGCUUAAUCGCAAUGAAAGGAAGCGCUUAUUUAGCAUGAUAAACGAUCUUCCAACUGUCUUUGAAGUUGUAACUGGAAGGAAGCCCAUAAAAGACAAGCCCACAGUAGAAAGUGGAAGCAAAUCACGAAACAGCACGAAGAGAUCAAUCGAUGGACAGCCAAGAAGCAAUCCUAAGUUAGUUGAUGAAAAUUAUGAGGAUGAAGAAGAGCAGGGCGACACCUUUUGCGGGAUUUGUGGUGGAGGAUAUAAUUCUGAUGAGUUUUGGAUCGGUUGUGACAACUGUGAACGGUGGUACCAUGGAAAGUGCGUGAAGAUAACACCAGCCAAAGCCGAAUUGAUUAAGUUCUACAAGUGUCCAUUAUGCACGAAAAAGGCGAGACAGUAGCCAGCCGAUGGAGGGAAGGACGACUAACCUGAUCGGUUUUUAUUCACAGAUGAUGUUUUAAAGCAGCAGCUACAAUGAAUGCAAAUUCUUUCUUUUUUUUUUUUUUUACUGAAAAAAUCCUUCCUUAAAUUGCAAAACCAAACUACUUUGGUACUUUAGGUUCAUUAAUGAGAUGCAGUGGCAUAAAAUGCAUAGGAUUGGUGUAGAUUAAAACUGUCCUUUUUAAACUUUUUAACUUACAUUAUCGUGUCGAGAAGCAGGGAAUGCAGUCUUCCAGUUUCCGAAUGUUCGGAAUCUGGUUUGAUACUUA